AUGAGGCCAGCAGCCACGACCCUGAAGGGGCGGCAUUUACUGGAAGCCCUGGGGCGGAGGCAGGGCAGGCACCCAGGUCCCACUCACUGUCCUUCACACCUGGAGUGCGGUGACCUGGUGUCCUGUCAGAGCGACCCGGAUCCUGGCUACGGGGCUUCCAGGAUGUUGGGUAGUGGAAGGCCUGGUUCCUCCCCAGAGAUGAUACGCAGAGCCGGGGUGCCUUCGCCCCUGCAGUACGGCCCUCACCGUGGGCGCCCCUGCUCUCCGUGGGGGCUGGAGUUCGCUCUGGAGGGCCAGUGGUAUGAGGAGGAAAGGGGUGACAGUCCGCACACCCGUGCUCACGGCUUCUCCCUCAGUGUGCAGUUGGCCCCCUGCAAGUGUUUCGUAUCUCUGUCUCCCCGUGUCGCUGCCUCCCUUUCCUCCAUCAGAGCCUUCCAUUUCCCUGGUUCCACUCACGUGAGUGUGGAGGGCCAGGUGUGGCUGGGCCACCCAUGUCUCCCAAGACCUGCAGAACCACCCAUUGACCCUGCUCCACCCGCAGAGACCCUGCCCCCACCUUGGCUCUCAGCCCAGCCUGUGCCCUGGAUCACACCUGGCCUGGACACGAAACUGCUGUGCCGCGGGGGAUUUCGGGGUGUGACCUUCCUGCUGAGGCUGGAAGGCGACGACCAGUUUCUGGAGGUGGCGGAGGCCCCUGCAGACGUGGAAGCCGCCUUCCCAGUCCGGCAGCCCGGGAACUACAGCUGCAGCUACCGGACCCAUGCGGCAGGCUCGCCCUCUGAGCCUAGUGCCACCGUGACAGUCACCGAGCCCGGCGCACCUUUGCCGCCCACGCUGAGUCUCAUGGGAGGAGAGUCUGCAGAGAUCCUGCAUCCGGGGACCCUCACAACCUUAGUGUGCACGGCGCCUCUGACCAGCGUGCACUUCCAGCUGAGGCGGGGGGAGGAGGUGCUUCAAGUACCCAUGAGCUCCACUACCCCAGGCCGCAUCUCCUUCCACCUGAAAGCCGUGGCUCUGGACGACCGCGGUCUCUACACCUGCCGCUAUCAGCUGCAUGACCAGCCGACCUGGUCCUGGGACAGUGAGCCCGUCGAGCUGCUGGUCAGCGACGGUAAGCCUGGCGGCCUGGGGCUGGAAGGCGACAGUGCGUCUCUCCGGGGACGGCGAGUGGGAGGAGAGACCCGGGGAAGGGUCCCCCGAUACUGGACGGCUCCUGCUGGGGCACGAUCCAGACUCAUCCGCCCAGCCUCAGUUUCACCACCUGAAAAUGAGACAAUGAGCUCUGCAACCCCAAGGCCCCAGGAAGAAUAA